AUGGCGACCAGGUUCCGCCUUCAUCCGGAACCGGGCACCGAACGCAAGGCCAGCUUCCACCCGGGCAAAGCCAUCUACAACACGGUGCGCAGCGGAGGCAUCGGAUCUGCACUGUUGAUUCCGCACAUCACCGUGCCCAUCUACGGCAUCUAUGUGGUGCUCCACCGAACAAAGCUCUGGACGCCCGAAUUCGAACGCGGCCUUGCCUUCGCAGUGGCACUCAUCCAAGGCAUCUCUUUUGGCUCAGUGAUCGCGCUCUCCAUCGUUCGCUACAGCGCCUCGGGCAAAGCAAUCAAGGGCCGACGCAUCGAAAAGACCGCCACGGACGAGGAAGAGAGCAAACAGCACCGCAUCGAAGUCGCACUCCGCCUUGCCGCUUACCUCUUCCUGGGCACCAUCUUGUGGGAGUACCUGGUGCACUCGAAAUACUCGCCCAUCAUCGAUGAGCGUGCUAAGGAAACAUCGUCCGGGUUUCUGACCGCGACGGGCCCGCUGCGUAGAUUCUUCAACAACGAAAGCAUCCUCCCUCAGCCCCGCGAGUCGCGCGAUCAGAUCUCCGGUUUGGGCCUCAACUUUGAUCUCCAGGACAAGGCACAACAGCUCAAGAAGGCUGUCGACAACUCGCCGAGGAUUCGUGUGCCUGGUACCGCCCCGCCGCCCAAGAGCGUUUUCCUCGAGACGUACGAGAAAGUGUGGAAGAAGCUCACGGGUGGACCCAGGGUUGGGCUCUUUGAGAUUGGGCCAAAGAACUGGGAGUAG